AUGAAAAUAUCAGGAAGUGCUGGUGACGUGUUGGAGGACGAUCCAGUCGGAAGGCUAAAAGUGUUUAUUUACGAGCUCCCGAGCAAAUACAACAAAAAGCGAUUGCAAAAGGACCCAAGAUGCCUAACCCAUAUGUUUGCUGCCGAGAUUUACAUGCAUCGUUUUUUGCUGUCGAGCCCUGUCCGAACGCUUAACCCGGAAGAAGCUGACUGGUUCUACGCACCCGUUUAUCCGACCUGCGACCUGACCAGAACCGGCCUCCCGUUGCCUUUCAAGUCACCUCGUAUGAUGAGGAGUGCUAUACAGCUCGUUUCUUCGAAAUGGCCGUAUUGGAAUAGGACUGAGGGGGCCGAUCACUUCUUCAUCGUGCCUCAUGAUUUCGGGCCGUGCUUUCACUAUCUUGAAGAGAAAGCCAUAGGCAGAGGUAUACUUCCUCUUCUCCAACGCGCCACUUUGGUUCAAACUUUCGGACAGCGAAAUCACGUCUGCCUAAAAGAUGGCUCGAUCACAAUUCCCCCAUAUGCCCCUCCUCAGAAAAUGCAAGCCCAUUUGAUCCCUCCCACCACCCCUCGAUCCAUAUUUGUUUACUUCCGAGGUUUGUUUUACGAUAUCGGCAACGACCCUGAAGGCGGUUACUACGCAAGGGGUGCACGAGCUUCGGUUUGGGAGAACUUCAAGAACAACCCGCUUUUCGACAUCUCGACCGAGCACCCGAGCACGUAUUACGAGGACAUGCAACGGGCCGUUUUCUGCCUCUGCCCACUCGGGUGGGCCCCAUGGAGCCCGAGGCUAGUGGAAGCUGUAGUGUUCGGGUGCAUCCCAGUCAUCAUUGCCGAUGACAUCGUGCUCCCGUUUGCUGAUGCAAUCCCUUGGGAGGAGAUUGGUGUUUUUGUGGCAGAGAAGGAUGUGCCGAAGCUCGACACGAUUUUGACCUCUAUACCUAUUGAGGAGAUUCUUAGGAAGCAGAGGCUGUUGGCGAACCCUUCGAUGAAACAGGCGAUGCUCUUCCCGCAGCCAGCCCAGUCGCGAGACGCCUUUCACCAGAUAUUGAAUGGGCUGGCCCGUAAGCUGCCGCAUGGCCCGGGAGUGUAUUUGAGGCCUGGGGAGAAGGUCUUGAACUGGACUGCGGGCCCUGUGGGGGAUCUUAAGCCUUGGUGA